CGUCAGCGCUGUUGGAUCUGUCCCCUCAAUCAAUGCAGCUGCACCACAUAGCAAAUUUCUCCCUUCGCAAGCCCCCAAGAAGUCAAGUAGUCGCACUACCAUGAUAUCUCUUUCUCAGUCGUCAUCUUCGCACGCGAUGGUCUGUUUUUCCGUUGCAACAGCCAUGACGCGGUUACUUAUCCUUACGCGCACUUGAUUCUUGAAGUCAAGAUAAAAAAGUUGUCUCGUGUUUGCCAAAAAAUGAAAGCAUUUCUUUGAUUGAUAUCAGAGCUAAAAGCUGCGUUGUAGCUGCACUCAUAUUUAUCUUUCUUGCGUGAUGAACUCUUUUUUUUUCGGAACAGCAUGAUGUAUAUAAUACCUUUGGAUUAUACGUAAUAGAUCUUCGUUCUUGUCUCUCAAGAUGUUCCACCAGCCCGGCGCCCCACACUAUGCGUCUUCGCCCCCCUUGGCGAUCGAGCGUCUGUCCGGAAACCCGAUUUUGGUUCGCUGCGCUCCACCGACGACCGCAGCUGUGCCAGAAGCAACCGCAAGUAUCAAUCCGUCCCAAAAUGCCGACGCUGCCUACGAGUGUUUGAGUCCGGUGGAGCACCGGGUGAGGGCGGAGGAAGCGGCGGCAGACACGACCAUUUCGGCGUCGCACCUGCAGAACCUGCAAUCCAUUACGCAGGAAAAUUUCAGCAACUUCACGUUCGAGCCUGAGCAGCGGUUUCUGCCCAGUACUAGUUUUGGAACUACGGGAGGUUUUGAAAAUUAUGGUAGUGCCGACAACUACUAUGAAGGGCAGCUGGCGAACAACACCGUUUUCCUCGAGGAGCCCAACUCGUCCUCCCCGUCGGGUUCUACUUCCCGAACAGGCGUUACCACCAUCCGCAGAUUGCGUCGCCGGCUCCGGGCGUUCCUCGCGAAGCAGGAGGCGUUUCGGCCGGUCCCAGACAAGGUUCUGGUGCUGAUCCAUGCACCCAAGGGGUUCGGCGGGGCGGGGAGUGGCCCGGAAGAGGACAGUUACAUGGACGACAAUUACUACCCGGAGGACGAGAACAACUUCAACGAGGACGACUUCGACGAGGACAUGCCCGAUGCCUGCGAUUCCAACGACCUUUCGCGCGAACAGUCCUCGCGCGCGGUCGACUUCCGAGCGAUGUUUGGCCUCGGCGGAGAACAAGAAGACCCGGCGGCUAUUAACAACAAAAAUGGCGCAGCAAGUGCAGGUCAAAAGCAAAACCAAAGCCACCGCGGGGGUGGUUCUACGUUUGUCUACGAUCCGACGCCCCUGGGUUUCGACAACCAGACGACCAAUGCGCGAGCAGUCGGAGCAGGACACGUGCAUGGACAACCACCAAUGAACCGAGUUCCACACCAUAAUCGGGGACCACAGCACCAAAUACCCCCUUCGCAGCCCGGUCUUGGCCAGCCGCCGCAGUUACGGAUGCGGGUUAUUCCAAGGCAAUACCACCAAGAGGUCUUUGCGAAAACGGCUAUUUUGCUGGAGAACACGCAGCAUAUCGAGAUCAACGUCAUCAAUAAAAAGUUUCUGUUUCCCAAUUCCUUCGACCUUGUUUACGACACCAAGGAAGAUGUUGUGUGGCUCACGGAAGAACAGGACGGGGACAGUUCACAUCAGGACGACGCGCAGAAUAAAGUUGAUGAUCGUGAUCCUCAGGACCAGACGGGCGAAGGUGCAGCUGUUGCCGAAGGCAAAGCAAUAAAUCCAGAACCUAUCAAGGAACUUCCCAUCCACGAGCUGCAGCUGGUUCUCCGGUCUUUUCCGGAUCUGCACGUAAGAAAAAUCUAUCAAAUGUAAAAAUGUCUGGGUCUGGAAGAAUCCAACUUGUCAUGCUGAUUUUGGAUUGUAAAAAAAUCUGUAUUGCUUGAGCAGCAAAGAGAGUCCAAGUCUUGCUACAAGGAAAGAGCAUUUGUCAUGCGGUAUAGGCAUCAGGAAGCCCUCACAAAAUCUGUGAUGCUAGGGCAUGCAUCACAGACAUCAGGAGCCACGCAAAAUGUGCAUGACAAACCUGGCAAUCUUCCAGACCCAGACAUUUUUACAUUUGAUAAAAUGGUCGAGCAGAUGAAGGACGUGAUCGAUAUUGGUGGCAGACUGCAGUUACCAAGUGCAAAUAUGUCUGGGUCUGGAAAAAUUGGAAUCUGUAUUGCCUGUCUUGCACUCCUAUAAAAUCUGUAUUGCGUGACCGACAAAAGCGCGAAUUCUUCGUCAUGCAAAAACGCUGUUUCUCAUGCGCAUUACACAUGAGGAAGCGUCCUGAUUUUUUGUCAUGCUUGGCUGCUCCCAGGAGUAUGCUCAGUCAUCGCCACUUAGCAUCACAAGUUUCCAUACCCAAACAUAUUUGCAUUUGAUAGCAGUUGAUCCGGCGAAAGUCGCAUUCUGUCGCCGACUGGGAGUCGGCCAUUUACCAAGCCAGCUUGGAGGAGUUGAACAGUGGUGAGUGGGUGAUGCAAAAUUUGGCGCACCUCGUUUCCCCCUCCUCUACCUCCGGGAUGCUGGAUAAUUCUAGCGGUGCUGGUAAGGAAGUCGAACAGGAGCCAGACCGCGAGCGUAGCAGCGACGCUGCGCAGCCUUUCACGGACGCGCGGAUCGUCCGUCUGGAGCAGAACAAGUCGGACGAUCAGCACGGGCGGUUUCUGUCCUGCAACCCGAACCCGAAGUACCUGAAUAUGGCGUUCUCAACUGUUACAUUCUCAACUGUUACAUGAAUUUGUGAUGCAAGAAGAGCGAAAGUAAAAGGGCGGACCUUGCAACUCUAGCAUCACAAGUUUUGCACAGAUUUCCAUCCUGUUUAGCCCUUCGGAGAUUUGUCAUGCGCAGCCGCUUGGUCGUGUGGUUGCUUAUGGCAAUUUUGCAUGACAAAUCAUGUAACAGUUGAGAAUGUAACAUUUGAGAACGCCAUACUGAAGGGGCAUUUUCCGAGCAAUAAAUCCGCGCUGCAGAACCACCCGAUCUACAACGCAAACAUGAACGCGACCUACAUCAAGUCUCUGCAGGACCAGCAGAACAACAAGGAGCCGUCCUUGCUGAUGGUGUUGCUGGACCUGAUUUUCCGGUUGUACCAAAAGUACCACGCCGAGCCCAUCACGGAGGAGUGGCGCGUGGCGCUGGACCGCCACAUUGUGGAGUGCCAGUGCGUGAUUCUGCUGUUGCUCGACACGCCCAUGUUUAAGGACCUGGGUUGUAAUACCUCAAACAACCGAAACGGCGGGGCGGGAACAGCAACAGGGUCGUCGAACAACCAGAGGCCGGCCGCUCCGAAGACCGAGUCGCCACUGCACGAGCUCUUGCGUAUGUACUACCUUUUCUCCCGGAGUACGAGCAACUUCCCCGGGUCUGAAAAGUACCGGAGUUUGCGGUAUUUCGUGCCCCUGGCUGUGCGCGGCUCGCCGAGCAAGCCGCCGGAGCACGACCCGGCCGUCAGGCACUUGAUUUUUCCCGGCCAGCCGCGCAAUCAGGGACCGCGCGGCGCGCAGCCUGCUCCUACCCCGAUGGAGCAGAUCGGACUGCGGCUUGGGCUCCCCGGGUUGACCGCCGCGGCGGACGAUGCAGGACAGGUGCAGGGACCGGACGAAUUAUUUCCACGAGGGCUAGUACCCGAGGUCGAGGAUGUUUCCUCUUCAAGUAGCGAAGAGCCGAACACAGCGGAACUGGUCGACCCGGAGCAGCGAUACCUGAAAUUUCACGAGAGGGUGGAGAGAAAGCAAACUAACUGGAUUUUCGCCGCGUUUCAAGGAAUUCUGCAGAACCCGGAGUGCAACGCGGUCGAGAUGGUGAACCGCUUCGGGCAGACGCCGCUCUACAUCGCGUACGAGAUUUUCUGGGACGAGCACGCGAGCCUCGCGAACUCCGCUGCCCACGGCGCGGGUGGCAUGGCAAUGACCCCUUCAGGUAUAGGAGCUGGCGCAUCUUCAAAUUACUCCCUCUACGCCAUCGAUGACUACGAUAGGUACUUUUUCGCGGGAAUAACUUCCAGCGGCUCGCCGGAUUCUAAUCGUCACACAACAUCUUCCACUUCUCAGCCGCGCGCGGCCGGAGAGGACCAUGAAACUGUUGGUGAUCCUUCUGCUACAUUGGAAAAUAACAGUGGGGCGAUUUUUGACACACACGUCAACAUCGAGAUGUUUUACCAGAUGUGGUUGAGACUGGUCGAAGAUGUGGACUUUUUCAAGAAGCACCCUAUGUCCACCUUUACCCGCACCCGCAGCUGCGACGCCGACAACCCGCGGAAGAAAAUCCGCACCGGCGCCGACAUGUUCCGCGCACUGGUGCGGGACGGACGCGUGAAGUUUUUCGAGAAGGCUACGUUCCAGCUGAUGGAGGUGCUGUACUGCCAGCUGGCCAAUUCGCUGGAGCAACGCGACUGGUUGCGCUUGUUCAACGACUUGGUGAUGACGCACGCGGCGACGGAGGAGAUGCUGUACAGUGUCAUGUCCUUGCCGGACUCCGAUCGCGGAAACAACACUCUGCUCCAACUCCUCCUCCUCUCCCUCUCCGUCGAGUCCUUUACACCGCACGCGUGGCAGUCCAACACGUUGGCCGUCGACUACGGGAAGAACGUCGCCGUGUUUCGGACCAACAAGUACAAGGAAACGAAUAAGGGAAAAAGUGUCGCUGAGAUGGCGAAAACACCAGCACAGACGUCGUGGGCGAUGAAAAGUACAGAUGGUACAGGGAUCAUAAGUAACGGAGGAGAUGCAAAUACCUCUGCCGUUGAAAGAACUGAAGACGAGCAGCUUGCGUUUACGGAGGCUGUCGUGUCGGACGACGAUUUUGCGCUACUGCUCCGUCGAAAGUACAUUAUUCAGAAAGACGAGGAACAGAGCAUCGGCUUCUUCACCCGCGAGUCCGCGAUUUCCUUCCUGGAGCAGCACCGAAUGCUGCCGGAGACGCAGCGCUCCCUUUUGGACGACCACGACGGAGUAUCGCUUUGCGAGUUGAAGGCGCGACUGUUGCUGGCUUUGUUUGACAGUCGGCCAUUUGCAGCUGCAACUUGUGAUGGAAAUAACGAGUUUAUUUCAUCUGCAGCUUUCACAUCCUCCACUACGGGACUUUCUAGUACUAUCGUCGACAAAAUCCAUGUGGCUCGGAAGAACCGAGGAAAAACGGCGGAGUUAUCUUCCUCGACUGGUGCAGCUGCAGCUUCUGAUGCAGCCACACGGCGACACUCUUCCUCAAGGAUCUUCGUUCGCUUGGGGUUCAGGCCGCAGGAAUCGGCCGCCAACCCCGUUCUGUUCCCGUUGUGUGCGAAGGACGACGCGGCGGAGCUGCAGACCAUUCUGGACAUGGAAGCCGCGGCGCAGGAGAACGGUGAAAAUUCGCCGACCAAUUAUACCGGCCACCAAAACUACCACGGUGCUGGCAACAAGAACCCGGGAAAGCCGAAAGGCAAAGCCGUCAGCCAGGUGUUGGUGUCCCGCACUGCACUGCUUCUACGGCACAGGCUGUUGCCGGUCCUGGUGUGGACGCUGAGGUCCGGCACAGCGAAGAAGAGCGACCAUGCGGGUGGAAAGAACCAACUAGAACCACGACCAGGAGGAGGGUCUGAGGACGUGGAGAUGAUGGGUGGAAGUGCAACGGAUGGGAAUUACAAGGGGAGCGAUGACGGUGGCUGCAGAAAUAUUUUCUGUUCGCCAUCCGCGUCCGCCCCAAUUGCACACCGGAACGCGCGGGGGGAGAACUUGUUGCACUGUCUGUUGCAGCCGAAAAACUUCACGUUCCUGCAUUACAUGGUUUUGGACCGACAUCUAGGGCACGCAUUUUUGUCGUUGUUGUUUACAAAAACGCCAACCAGUUUGUGGUUCACACAGAACACGCAGGGAAUUACGCCGUUUGCAAUGUUGCUGCAAUUUGUCGAGGAACAAUUCUUGUGAAGAUUUUGGGAUGUUGUCGGGAAGAUUAAAAGACAAAAAGGCUCUGCUGCUGAAAGAGAGCUAGUACUGUGUCAAGUAUGAUUGAUUCUCUUACUUUAGAAGUGCCUCCAUAUUAUUGAUAGACAGGGAAACGCGUUUAUAGUUGUAGCCUCGAAUCGCGAUGAAGACAUUCUUCUUGAUCCUGAAAGUUUGUGGAAGUGUGAAGUAAAAAGAAGUAUGUGAUAUUCUGUUUGAAGCUUCAAAGAGAUCGCGAACAGGAUCUACUUACACCAGCUGCACCGAAGGAAAAUUUUCGCUGCUCCUGACCGCCACACCAUAGAUACGUGUAGGACAUCGGGACGCACUGAUGAAACGCGUUUGGAUACUAUGCGCAC